ACAUGGCUGGCACACCGUGGCUUCUUCAGUUUCUUUCACGUUAAAUCUUGUUUUUUCCUCACCGUGCAUGUUUAUCAGGCCCUGUUCGGAUGUGCUGUGAUGUCGGAUAAGCGUCAGCGUGCCAGAGUGCAGGGCUCCUGGGCCAAACAGCUGCCCAAACAUUCAGCUCCAGGAGCAGCUGCAGUACGUAGCAACCACCAGUCCACAAGUGCCAAGCCAGCUCCGGGGUCUUGGAAAUUUGGACCUCAGAACGCAUCCAAAAAUGUUGAGUUCCAUCAACCGACAAAGCCUGUUCGAGAUGUUCCUCCUGAGAGGGUGAUAGAGCAAGCAGGCGAUUAUGAGAUCAGUCAUGGACCGUCAGGGGUAUCCAGACUUCGGCUGCUGCCUGGAUUCCUUCCUCCAGAAGAGGCAGACUGGAUGUUCAGCAAGCUGCUCGCAGAGCUUCCCUGGUCCCAGAAGACAAACUACAGACAGGGUGAGGCGUACGAGGAGCCCAGGCUCACCUGCUGGUUCGGAGAGCUGCCGUACACCUACGCCCGCUCCACCAUGGACGCCAACACACAGUGGCAUCCGUUGCUCGUGACUCUCCGUGCGGCCGUGGAGCAGCGGAGCGGAUGCAGCUUCAACUCCCUGCUGUGCAACCUGUACCGCGACGGCCGCGACAGCAUCGGCUGGCACAGUGACGACGAGGCCUCUCUGGGUCCGCGGCCCGCCAUCGCCUCCCUCAGCCUGGGCGACACCCGAGUGUUCAGCCUCCGCAAGCAGCCUCCGCCGGAGGAGAACGGCGACUACACCUACGUGGAGAGGAUUCGGGUUCCUCUGAGUCACGGGACCCUUCUGCUGAUGGAAGGCGCCACGCAGGAUGACUGGCAGCAUCAGGUGGCCAAAGAGUACCAUGACAGAGGCCCACGCGUCAACCUGACCUUCAGAACCAUCCGCCCGGAGCCGGAGGGCCACCGACCGGGCACCAAGAUGAGAUUCGCAGCAACACAGCCGUAAAUUCCCUCCCGGUCGGGUACUUUCGGGAGAGGACGCCACAUUUUGAACACACAGGUCUGAGGCAGACGGUGUGAGAGGCAGGCGAGAUAAGAAAUGCUCGAGCAUAAAGACGCUGCCUUCUCAUUGAGCUUGGAAGCAAUUUGAGCCGAUUACAGCGAGUCGAGCCGUCACGUCAGUGAGUCACAGGCUCCAGCGUGAAUGACGGCUGCUCUCAAAGGUAAACGGGCAAAUUUUCUGCUCUGUCUGAAUCCGCCGACCGAGCCUCGAUGGCAGUGAAGUCGUGGAGAGUCGUGAUGGGAAGACGUUGGUGCUUUCAGAGAAGCGCCGCAUGUUCCGUUAGUGUCGGAUCUUCCUGCAGCUCUGACUCACUGUGUUUAAAAACAAGUGUUCUCCUCGUCCCGACGGUUUUUGGCAUAUUUGUGAAAAGUUCUUACUUAGAAGUCAAAUACAUUCUGCUAAUAUAAGUUACAAAAAUGUUUUUUUGUAGUUCACUAUAGAGAAACUGAUUCAAACUGUUGCAACUUGAAACUGUUUCCAUCUCUAUGACAGACCAUCAAUAUACAUUGUUAAGUAUAGUAACACUGAAUGAUCUGUGGCCUGUGUGUUUCUUAAUGAAGAAAACACAGUUAAAGUGGACAGAAAGUGAAGGGUUGUUUGCUUUCGAAGAGUUUUAGUGUGACGCAGGCGGUUAAAGAAGUUAUGCACGAAAUGCAAAGAUUGGGAAACUGUUGUCAGAAAUAUCUACAAUAGUCAAAUCGCUUAGUUUGAUUGACAUUUGUUGCAAAUAAUUCUUGAAUUUCUGAUUUUCUUUAAUUUUUUUUUUUUAAAGAUGGUCGAUGUAGAACACGGACAGGAACUGUUCUGCCCUGAACUGUUUGGGUUUUCUUUCUGUGUUGAAUUUUCUUAUUUGUUUUGCUGCUGUUCAAACUCAAUUCAGGCGUUUUCUUCACCG